UUCUGUAAUAUUAAAAAAUAAAAAUAAAAAAAUUAAAAAGAGAGAGAGAGCCUUGGCCUUGGGUAAUAAUUAAUAAAUCAAAUAGACAUAUCUCUGACGGUUUUUCCUACUCAACAUGGUUAGCAUAGCAUAGCAUCCAUGGCUGCUGCUUCCAGUGAACCAACAAUACCGUCUGUAAAUAAGGCUUGGAUCUACUCAGAGUACGGAAAAACCUUAGACGUGUUGAAGCUCGAUGAAAAUUUCCCAGUUCCCCAAAUAAAAGAAGAUGAGGUGCUGAUCAAGGUUGUUGCGGCUGCUCUUAACCCAAUUGAUUACAAGAAGAUACUUGGAGUGCGCAAAGAUAAUGACCCUCCUCUACCUAUUGUUCCAGGACACGAUGUAGCUGGAAUUGUGGUAAAGGUGGGAAGCCAAGUGAAGAAAUUCAAGGUUGGUGAUGAGGUUUAUGGGGAUAUUACUGAAAAAGCUUUGGAGGAACCCAAAAAGUUCGGAACUUUGGCUGAGUAUACAGCGGCUCAAGAGAAAGUGCUGGCUCUUAAACCCAACAAUCUGAAUUUCGUGGAAGCUGCUAGCCUUCCUCUGGCCAUUGAGACUGCCUAUGAAGGCUUUGAAAUAGCUCAACUCUCUGCUGGCCAAUCCAUUCUUAUUCUUGGAGGUGCCGGCGGAGUUGGAAGCCUCGCCAUUCAGCUUGCAAAGCAUGUUUUUGGAGCAUCAAGAGUGGCAGCUACAGCAAGCACAAAGAAACUAGACCUGUUAAGGAGCUUAGGUACUGAUUUGGCCAUUGAUUACACUAAGGAGAAAUAUGAGGAGCUCCCUGAGAAAUUCGAUGUCGUUUUUGAUGCAGUUGGGGAAGGUGAACGAGCAGUGAAGGCAUUGAAAGAAGGUGGGAAAUCGGUGGCGAUUGCAGGUCCAAUAUCUCCACCAACUGUCAUAUUUGUUCUGACUUCAACUGCAACUACUUUGGAGAAGCUGAAACCUUACUUGGAGAGUGGCAAGGUAAAGGCAGUGCUCGAUCCAGUGACUCCAGUUCCAUUUUCAAAGACUUUGGAGGCAUUUGCCCACCUUGAAACUGGACAUGCUACUGGCAAGAUUGUUGUGUAUCCUAUCCCAUGACUUGACAAACCUCUUCUUUCUUUCUGUCCUUCAUUGCUAUUUGUAAAACUUAAAUCUUUUGUUUGUAAAUAAAUAGGGUUUAAACCUUUUAUAUGUAAAUUAAGAUGUUAAGGCAAUUAUAAGUAAUAUAUGUCUGCUAUGUGAUCUAGAAAUAA